GGCGCCGGCCAGAAGAAGUUGGAGCUCUUCUGCCUUGAGAGAGAGAGAGAGAGAGAGAGAGAAAAAGCCUCCAAAAAAUUCCACAUCUGCACGUGUAUAUAUGAGACGAUGAGGAUGUUUAGGAUGAGGAAGCCUGGCCUGGCUCGGGUCUGGACUCUCCCCGUGCUGGUGGCGGCCGUGUGCGCGCAAAGUGUGAACGACCCGAGCAAUAUGUCACUGGUUAAAGAAACUGUGGACAGACUGCUGAAGGGGUACGACAUUCGCCUCAGGCCAGAUUUUGGAGGUCCUCCGGUGGGAGUGGGGAUGAAUAUAGAUAUAGCCAGCAUAGACAUGGUAUCAGAAGUCAAUAUGGAUUACACGUUGACGAUGUAUUUCCAGCAAGCUUGGCGGGACAAGCGUCUGUCGUAUUCCGAAAUUCCUCUGAAUUUAACCCUGGAUAACCGGGUAGCGGAUCAGCUGUGGGUUCCGGACACGUACUUCCUAAACGACAAGAAAUCCUUCGUUCAUGGAGUAACGGUGAAGAACAGAAUGAUCCGGCUGCAUCCGGACGGCACGGUGCUGUACGGGCUCAGGAUCACUACGACGGCAGCCUGCAUGAUGGACCUGAGGAGAUACCCGCUGGAUGAACAAAACUGCACCCUAGAAAUUGAGAGCUACGGCUACACGACCGACGAUAUCGAGUUCUACUGGCGCGGAGGUGACCACGCGGUGACGGGGGUGGAGAGGAUAGAACUGCCCCAGUUCUCCAUCGUGGACUACAAGCUCAUAUCCAAGAACGUGGUCUUCUCUACAGGCGCUUACCCUCGGCUUUCCCUCAGCUUUAAACUGAAGAGGAACAUCGGCUACUUCAUCUUGCAAACCUACAUGCCCUCCAUACUGAUCACCAUCCUGUCCUGGGUCUCCUUCUGGAUCAAUUACGAUGCCUCCGCUGCAAGAGUUGCUUUAGGUAUCACCACCGUCCUCACCAUGACCACCAUCAACACCCACUUGCGAGAGACCCUUCCCAAGAUCCCCUACGUCAAAGCCAUCGACGUGUACCUGAUGGGCUGCUUCGUCUUCGUCUUCCUGGCCUUGCUCGAGUACGCGCUGGUCAACUACAUCUUCUUCGGUCGAGGGCCGCAGCGGCAGAAGAAAGCGGCGGAGAAAGCCGCCACCGCCAACAACGAGAAAAUGAGGAUGGAUCCGAACAAGUGGUUGGUGGGAAGUGUAGUUCAGAGAGACGAUGCUCUGUAUGCCAGAAUGAAACAGAGGGAUAUUGACGCUCAUGACUCGAUGUGGGAACCGAUCUUUGUGGACGAUGCGGCGUUAGGACUAGGCGAUCAAAAAAAUAAGAUGGACCCCCAUGAAAACAUCCUGCUCAGCCCCCUGGAGAUUAAGAACGAGAUGGGGGCGUCUGAGCUGGCUUUGGGUUUGGGGGACCCUCGCAGCACCAUGCUAGCCUACGACAGCUCCACGCUGCAGUACCGUAAAGCCGGCCUGGCCAGGCACAACUUUGGGCGGAACGCUCUGGAGCGCCAUGUGGCUCAGAAGAAGAGCCGGCUAAGGAGGCGCGCCUCGCAGCUGAAGAUCACCAUCCCCGACCUCACGGACGUGAACUCUAUCGACAAGUGGUCGAGGAUGAUCUUCCCCACCGUCUUUUCCUUCUUCAACGUCGUCUACUGGCUCUACUACAUCAAUUAGGCAGACGUUAUCUUUGUUGUCUUUCCUUUAAUUUAUCAUUUCUGUUUAUUUAUUAUUGAUUUAUUGAUUUAUUUAUUUAUUUACGUUAUUUAUUCUUCGU